AUGGCGGAGAGCAAGGGUCCCACAACUACCGCCUCAGUGAACAAGCUCGCCAUGUCUCGAGCGCUCGGAGCUGCGUUUCUGAGCCACCAAGUCGAACAGCUGGAGAAAUCAGUUACCCGUGGGCCGGCCUCUGGGAAUUGGAGAGACCGGCGUCAACCGCAAACCGACUUGGGUAAUACCAACCGUCGCGGUGUUAUCAACCAUGCACCCAAGCAACGCCCAUCUUCAGGCAAUAGGUCCGUAAAGAAGCCUGCCCCUGAAGCUGUACCAGAGAGACAGCACAAUGAGGUCAAGGUGCAAAAGCCUAGGAAAUCGAGCGAGGAGGCGAGGGGUGACAAGGAUGCUGAUAUAGUAGUAGUUGAUGCGAGCGUAUUGGUACAUGCCCUCCAUCAGGUAAAGAAAUGGUGCAGGGAUGGACGUGAUGAAAUAGUUAUUGUGCCCCUUGAAGCCUUGAACACUCUUGAUUUACUCAAGAAGGGAACAAGUCCUCUCGCCCAGCGCGCACGGUCAGCUUCGCGGAUCUUAGAGGCUCAAGUUGGCACAAAUCCUCGUAUCCGUGUCCAGCGGGAUGAUGCCUUCGUUCCGUGGGACCGCAUCGAGUUCAAGGACUUGUCACCAGAUGAUGAUAAGGACAAGGCUACGUCACAGCCACUCCACCUCUCUGGCUCUCCAGAGUGGGUCCGGCGCAUGAUCUGCUGCGCACGUUGGGAAGUCAACCACGCCGCUGAAACUCGUGCUCCAGCGAGCGACAAGCUGAAAGUUGUUCUCGCAGUCCUUUCCCCUUCUGCUGCACCAGCUCAGGUCGGUCGAACUGAAGCAAUGCCCGAAGUCUCCUCUCCAGUACCCCUUCCAGCUCCGAGUCCACAUACCCACAAGUAUGAGCCUCGUUCAGCUGGCCUGCUGAUCGGACACUGGGCUACUCGUGCCGGUAUCACUCUCUUAGAAGUGGAACCUUCUACAGCGCCACUUGUUCCGCCUUCAUCGAACCACCCUCGUAAUCUUGAUGAUGACGAUAGAGGAAAACGACAGGCUGGACGAGGCAGACGUAAUUCCCAUACUGCUCCGGGUAUCCCCAUCGCUCGAGGCACCGGGCUGGUAGAGCGUCCUGCUGCCGUUAUGCAAAUGAUGGAAGUGGUCUCUCAGCCCAGCAAGGUCGUCCGGGUCCUUGCUAGAGGCGAGAAACUGGAACCAGACCCAUGA